AAGAUGACUGUUCCGUUCACAGACUCAACAAAGUUCAAUGUCAUGAUCAGCUACUCCCACCAAGAUUCCGAACUAAUGUUGAGAAUCAGAGAUCUUCUAACAGCUAACGGUUUUGACGUCUGGGUGGACACGAAAUUAAAGGGUGGCAGUAACUUCUUCAAGAAUAUUGGUAGUGCUGUUAUUGGAUGUGACAUUUUCUUUUACAUUUUGACUGAGCACUCUGUAGCCUCCAAGUUUUGCCAAGAUGAGGUGUCGUUAGCUCGGAUUUCUAACAAGAAAAUACUUCCUGUCACCUAUUGUGAUCCCAAGGACGUUGCUCCUGAAAUGGAUGCGGGUCUCCGCUUGAUUUUGAGUUGUGUGCAAUGGAUAUGCCUUGAUCCUAAACUAGACGAUGAAGAAAAUGAUCGACAAAUAGUCCAGAGUUUGAAUGAAACCCUACAAUCGGACCUAUCUGACGACUCCAGAUUAGCCAACUACGACAUUUUCUUCUCGGAGGAGGAAUCUGUUUCCUUUCCCAGGUCUAAAUCUAAGUUUCUGCGUCGAACCAAUUCCCUACACCUAGUUGGAUUUUGGACCCGUAACUUCGGCGACAGUGAAAAGAGAGUUGAAUUAAAGAAAGUGUUAGCACGUAUCGAAGCUGACUACACUUACGACUACAGUCGGUUGCAAUUUGAAGAGGCAUGGGCUCUAAAAGCUCUGACAUUCUGGUGUUUUGAUUUGGAGCGCAGUGCCACUUCAAUAACCCGUGAACAGUAUGACCAGUUUGUCUUCCCUAAUGGGAAAUCUGAGGAACAGAGGGAGAUGCCAGAUAGCUUUUGGGUUCGCUGUAAGGACGGGUUCAGUGUCCGACUGAGCAUGCAGGAGGUGUUCAAUGCUCAGAGUUCAGUGAGAUAUGAUAGUAUUCAGAAUUUAAGGCAAAUUAAAAACAAGCGGGUUGUGACUGCCUUGUGUAAGUUGCUGAGAGACCACGACCCUAACAUACGUGCGGUAGCCUGUAUUUCCCUCUCGUACACCGGUAACUCCAGCCCUGCUACUAUUGAUAAAGUUAGCAAGCUGCUGAAAGAUGUAGACAGGUUGGUGCGUGAGAGCGCGUGUGUGGCUCUAGGUAAGUUUCAGAGUCCUGGUUCUGUGACCGCGUUGCUGGACACCUGGAGGAAUGACAUGAUCAGCGAUGUUCGCUCUGCUGCUGUAAAAGCGCUCAAUAUCAUCGGAACGCCCGAGAGACUUUGCAGGACGAAAUAA